AUGAUUAAAAAAGAAUUAUCAAAUUAUAUUCAAAAUUAUAUAAUAAAAAUUAUAGUCAAAUAUAUAAAUUCAGAAAAAAGUAGAUUGGAUGAUAAUCAAUUUAAAGAUUAUAAUAAAUUUAAAAAUAAAAUUGAAAAAUUAAUAGAAUCAAUAGCAUUGGUUUGUUGGAGAUGGUUUGAAAAUGUUUCAAAAAAUUUAAAUGUUUCAAUUGAUUAUGAUUGUUUAAAAAACAAUAAUGAUAAUAAUAAUAAUAAAGAAAAAUAUUUAAUUAUUAAACCAAAUAAUAUUAAUAUUUUAAAGAUUAGUAGAGAAAAAUUUUCAUUUAUUCAAGGUAAUUCCAAUUUUUUUAUUCCACCAAAAAGAAAAUAUUUAAUUGAAUUGGAACAAUUUUUAAAAGAAUUAAAUGAUAAUAUUAAAUUAUUAAAAAAUUUAAAUCAAAUUUUAAUUGAUAAUAAUGAUUUUGGUAUAAAUAUAAAUAAUGAAUAUAAAAGUUUUGAAAAAAGUUUAUUAUAUUUAUUAAUUAAAAGAAUUAAAAGAUAUAAAAUAUUAAAUAAAAAUAGUAGUAAUUGUAAUGAAGAAAUUAAAAUUGAAAUUAAAAUUGGAUUAUCAUUAUUAACACCAUUAAUGAUUAUAAAACCACUAUUAAAUGAUUUAAUAAUAGUUAAUGGUGGUGGUGAUUCAAUUAUUAAUGAAAAUGAUUUAAAAUCAAUUAAUUUUAUUGAAAAGAUUUCAAAUAAAAAUUUAGAUAAUUCAGUAUCUGAUAGUUUUAAAUCAAAUGAAUUAAAAGUUAUUUUAACAAAUAUUUCAAAAAUUAAUUCUAUUGAAGUUUAUAAUAUUAAUGAAUUAUCAUUAAAAUCAAUGUCAAAUUAUUAUAAAUCAAUUAAUAAUAUUAAUAUAAUUGAUCAAGUUUAUGAAAUUAUAAAAAUUCAACAAUUAUUAAAAGCAAUACCAAAUUUAAAGAAAUUUGAAUUUUCAUUUUGUUAUACAAUGUUUUAUUAUUACUUUUCAAAUGGUAAUUCAAAUUUCCUUUGUAAUUGUACGGAAACUAAUAAUGAUAGUUUAAAUGAAUUUAAUGAAAAUUGGAAUUUUAUUAAAAAUUAUAUUAUAAAUAGUAAUUGUUUAAUUGAAUUAUCAAUUCAAAGUCAAUGUGAUAUUAAUGGUAAAAAUGGUGAUUUUUUAAAUCCUUCAUUUUUAUUAAAAAAUGAUCAUUAUUUUAUAAAUUCUUUUAUUUCAAUUUUAAAUUUAAAUAAUUCAAUUAAAAAUUUAAAAAUUUCAAUUUUAGAUAAUAAUCAAAAUAAUAAUAUUAUUCUUUCAAUUUUAAAUAAUAAUAAUAAUAAUAAUAAUAAUAUUAAAAAAAUAAAUAACUUAAAAAUAAAUUAA